AUGGCCCUACAGACUGAUCUCCAUUCCCCGAAUGGGCGACAUGUUGUCCUUCCCACUGGCCUGUUCAUCAACAACAUUUUUAUCCCAUCUACUUCCGGCAGCAAGCUCACGAGUAUCAGUCCUACGGAUGAGAUGGCGAUUGCAACCGUGGAGGCUGCUUCUGAACGCGAUGUCGAUGCCGCUGUUAAUGCCGCCCGCGCGGCAUUUGUCUCAGACGAAUGGUCUUGUAUAUCUGGCACCGAGCGCGGUGCGUUGAUAAGUAAACUGGCCGACCUGGUUGAAGAGAACAAAGAUAUCCUGGCAACUUUGGAGACAUGGGAUAACGGGAAGCCAUACAGCGUUGCUCUGAACGAAGACCUCGCGGAAGUCACUGCAACCCUCAGGUAUUACGCCGGCUGGGCGGACAAGAUCCAUGGCCAGACUAUCCCUACCACCAAACAUAAGUUUGCGUAUACCGUCAGGCAGCCCUUCGGAGUAUGCGGUCAAAUCAUCCCCUGGAACUAUCCAUUGGCCAUGGCGGCUUGGAAGCUAGGUCCUGCGCUUGCUUGCGGCAAUACAGUGGUCCUGAAACCCGCAGAGCAGACUCCUAUUUCCAUUCUAUAUUUUGCAAGUCUUAUUCCCAAGGCCGGGUUUCCCCCUGGGGUGGUCAACAUCAUCAAUGGAUACGGACGAGAAGCCGGUGCGGCGUUGGUUGCUCACCCGGGGGUGGACAAGAUCGCCUUUACAGGCUCAACCGCAACCGGAAAAGCAGUGAUGAAGGCAGCCAGUGAGACGAUGAAGAGCAUUACCUUGGAAACCGGAGGAAAGUCUCCCCUCUUGGUGUUUAAAGAUUGCGAUAUCGAGCAAGCGGCUAAAUGGGGGCAUCUCGGCAUCAUGAGUAACCAGGGCCAGAUCUGCACCGCUACCUCGCGUAUCCUCGUUCAGCAAGAGGUCUUGGAACAAUAUGUCUCACGCUUCCGAAGCAUCAUUUCCGAACACAAGAUAGGAGACCCAUUCGACGGCGAGACCUUCCAAGGGCCGCAGGUGACACGCGCACAAUACGACAAGAUCCUUGGCUAUAUCCAGGCCGGUACAGAGGAUGGAGCUAAACUGAUCACCGGUGGGAAAGCAUACAAGAGCAUGGGCAAGGAUGGUGGCUUCUUCAUAGAGCCAACCGCUUUCUCCGGAGUCACCGAACACAUGAGGAUAUUCCAGGAGGAGGUAUUCGGCCCCUUUGUCACCAUUACCCCGUUUACAACCGAGGCAGAGGCCAUUAGGCUUGCGAACAGCACUUCAUAUGGCCUUGGAGCGGCCGUCUUCACAAGGGAUAUUGAACGCGCGCAUCGUGUGGCUGGACGCCUGGACGCAGGUAUGGUGUGGAUUAAUAGCUCGAAUGAUAUUGACAUUCGGGUUCCAUUUGGGGGCGUCAAGCAGAGUGGAAUCGGUAGAGAGCUUGGAGAAGCAGGUCUUGCUGCCUAUACUCAGACCAAGGCGGUUCAUGUCAAUAUGGGGCUCAUGCUGUGA